AAAGCUUUUAAGCUUCUACUUUCACUUAUACUUGUUUACGGUUACGCCACAUCAUCUCGUCUGCUAUCGUGUUUGAUUUGGUUGUUAUCAAAAAUUUUAAACGUUGGCACAAAAGUGUCUCUCUCAUUCCACAUUGUUUUUGAUUAAACUGUCGAAGCAGCUUAAAGAACAAAUAGUGUCAUCGCUUUCUAUAGUUCAUAAAUAAAAUGUUAUUGUUAUUUUAAAUAAAAUAUUUUACUUUUAUUGUAAGUAAAUUUCAAUCUUACAAUCAGCAGUUCUUCCAUAUUGAGUGAAAUUCAAUAUUUAUUGAAUUACUUCUCUAAAAAACUUUAAGGUUUUCAUCAUGACAACGCAGCAGUCUGUUCCGAUUCAAACUGGCUAUGGUAUUGUGAAGCAGGUAAUAUCUGGAGAUACUAUAGUCCUUAAAGGUCAGCCGAAAAGAAGUGGACCACCUGAUGAAAUAACUAUUAUUUUAACUGGCAUUCAAGCGGGAAAAUUAGCCAGGCGACCGACAACCACAGCAGAGAGCACAAAAGAUGAGCCAUAUGCGUGGGAAGCUAGAGAAUUCUUACGCCAAAAAUUAGUAGGCAAGAGAGUUUUCUUUACUUUUGAGAAAGCAAAAGGUGGUGAAAAGUCUUCCACUGGUGGUGCAAGAGAAUAUGGCAUUGUAUAUAAUGGGACAGAUGCCAAUUCUGAAAAUGUUGCUGAAUCUUUAAUUAGUGAAGGUCUUGCAAGUGUGCGAUCAGCAGCAUCAAGAAGUAAUGAAUACAUCCAGAAACUAAGAGACCUUGAGGAAAUUGCAAAAACUUCUGCCAAAGGUAAACAUGGGCCAAAUGCUGCAGAGCAUGUUAGAGAUAUCAGAUGGUCUAUUGAUAAUCCACAACUUUUUAAAGAUACUUAUCACCAAAAGCCUCUAAAAGCUGUUGUAGAACAUGUUGUUGAUGGUAGUACUGUUAGAGUGCUUUUAUAUUCAAACGAAUUUCCAGAAUAUUAUUAUAUUAAGCUGAUGUUGUCUGGGAUAAGAUGUAAUGGCUUUCCCGGUGAUGAUUCCAAUAAGCCUCCUGAACCUUUUGCUGAGGAAGCAAAAUAUUUUAUUGAAUCCCGUUUAUUGCAAAGAGAUGUUGAAGUUUUGUUGGAGAGUGUUUCUAAUAAAAAUUUUCUAGGCACAAUACUUCACCCAAAAGGGAAUAUAACAGAGUUACUAUUAACUGAAGGAUAUGCUAAAUGUGUAGAUUGGAGUCUUCAAUGUGUCACAUCUGGAAUUGAAAAACUGAGAGCUGCUGAAAAGCUUGCAAAAGAACGGCGCCUUAGAAUAUGGAAAGAAUAUGCUCCUAGUGGACCUGUCAUUGAUGCAAAAGAAAAGGAAUUUCAGGGAAAAGUAGUUGAAAUUAUGAAUGCAGAUGCUAUGAAUGUAAAGUUAGCAGAUGCAUCUGUAAAAAAAAUAUUUCUUGCCAGCAUACGUCCUCCUAGAUUUCCGGAAAAUGCAUCAGAGACUCCCAAAACGAAAUCAAAACCUUUAUAUGAUGUUCCUUACAUGUUUGAAGCUCGGGAAUUUCUUCGUAAGAAAUUGAUCGGGAAAAAAGUAAAUGUUACUAUUGAUUAUAAGCAGCCUGCCAACAAUAAUUUUCCUGAAAAAACAUGUUGUACUGUAACUAUUGGAGGAAUCAAUGUGGCUGAAGCAUUAGUCAGUAAAGGUUUGGCAACUGUUGUUAGAUACAGAGCAGAUGAUGAUCAACGAUCUGCUCAUUAUGAUGAGCUUCUUUCUGCAGAAACAAAAGCUGUAAAAUCUGGAAAAGGCUUGCAUAGUAAAAAAGAGGCUCCUGUUCUACGAAUUGUUGAUUUAUCGGGUGAUCUAAAACUGUCCAAACAAUAUUUUCCUUUAAUUCAAAGAGCAGGACGAACUGAAGCUCUAGUUGAAUUUGUUGCAAGUGGAUCUAGACUCCGUUUAUUUUUGCCCCGUCAAAAUUACCUUAUAACAUUUUUGCUUGGAGGUAUUAGUUGUGCUCGAGCUUCUCGUGAUAAUGGACUUACACCUGGUGAACCCUUUGGAGAUGAAGCCUUAGCAUAUACUAAAGAUCUUUGUCUUCAGAAGGAGGUCCAAAUUGAAGCAGAAUCAAUGGACAAAGGAGGAAAUUUUAUUGGAUGGUUGUGGAUAGAUAAUGUUAAUUUGUCUGAAGCUCUUGUUCAAGAAGGAUUCGCUGAAGUUUUUGCGACUGCCUCAAGAAGUCCUUACUAUAGAGCUUUGCAAGCUGCACAGGAAGAUGCACAGAAGAAGAAAUUGAGGCGUUGGGAAAAAUUUGAACCUGUUCAACCUGAGUUGAAAGAAGACAAAUCAGAUAGAAUUGUUAAUUUCAAACUUGUGACUAUAACAGAAACAAAAGAUGAUGCUGCAGAUUUAUCAUUUUAUGCUCAACAUUUUGAUGAAGGUCCAAAGUUAGAUGAACUAAUGAAUGAAUUAAGGGAAGAAUUCGAAAGCAGUCCUCCAUAUCCUGGUAACUAUGUGCCUACCAAGAAUGAUAUAUGUGCCGCAAAAUAUUCUGCCGAUAAUCAGUGGUAUCGUGCUCGAAUUCUUAAAAAUGCUAAAGAUGGUGUUUUAGUUUCUUUCAUCGAUUUUGGAAAUAAAGAAGUCCUACUUCCAGCAAAAUUAGCUGCAUUACCUGCCAAAUAUAAAUCUCUUCCACCAUGUGCCCAUGAGUAUGCUUUAGCAUUUGUGAAGCUUCCAAAAGAUGUUGAAAGUGCAAGUGAUGCUAGAGCUGCAUUUUUCGACGAAACUGUUCAGCAUAGUAGCCUAAGGUUAAAUAUUGAAUAUAAAAAUGGUUCCUUGUCCCAUGUUACUCUUUUAACUACUGAUGAGAAAGAAGACAUUGGGAAAAAAUUGGUAGAAAAAGGAUAUGCUCUUGUUGAUAGAAGACCUGAGAAAAAGUUCUACAAACUUAUAAGUGAAUAUUUGUCUGCUCAAGAAACAGCAAAGAAAAAUAGGGCUAAUCUAUGGGUUUAUGGUGAUAUAACAGAAGAUGAUGCAAAGGAAUUUGGGUGAAAUGUUUUUUCAUCACUAAUGUACUGUCCAAGAAAAGAACAUGGUCCAGAUAUAAUCACUGUGAUCGUUGUGCCUAAAUAUUUCAGAGUAAUUUGUAUGAAUGAAUUUCUGAUUAAAUUGUUAAAUGAAUGAAUUACAAGAACCAUUAUUGAAUUUUUUUAAACAAAAACUGAGGGACUCAAGAUUUUUAAAAUUUAAUUACCAAAAAUGAAUUUAUUCUGUUAUUUUAAAUUAAAAGAUGGCAGUGCUUUAUUCAUGGAAAAAACCAUGAUUUGACAGUGUAAAAAUAUCUAUGUUUUACAAUAAAACUUUAAAAAAAAAAGGA